CCCCUCAAAGUCAUUAGCUAUGCCCAAACACCCAACGGUUUCCGGAGCCCAGCAAGAGGCUGGAACACCUUCGCUCUGCAGGCAAAUCCCAACACGGCCCCUGGCUUCCAGUUUGAUCAAGCACAUGUUUUGACUCAAUGCAGCGUGCUGGCGUCGGGUUCUUUCAAAGGCCACUACGAAACCUGUAGCUUGGACUCUGGCUGGUCAGUGGGUGAUCACGGCGAUGACAACGGUCGACUGAUAUAUGAUGACACUCUUUUCGAUAUCCCUUCACUCGCCAGCUCUCUUCAUGCGCUAGGUUUGGAUAUGGGUGUUUAUGUUGUUCCAGGUGCCUUCCUCAGUGACGUGAAUAAGACUAUCCUCGGAACCGAAACCACCAUAGGCGAAGUUUGCACGGGAAAUGAAGGCUUGCUUCGCUGCAUCUUCGACUAUACGAGACCGGAGACACAAGAGUGGCACAACUCUGUUGUUGACCAGUUUGCCUCGUGGGGAGUUGACUUUGUCAAGCUCGAUUUUGUCACGCCAGGAUCUCCCGAUAACGGCCAGAGCCUGCCUGCAGACCAGAGCGGUUCAGUUAUUGCCUGGCAUAAUGCCAUCAAGAACAGCGGCAGGCAGAUGCGCUUGGAUAUCUCUUGGAAGCUGGACCGCACUCAAAAGUACUUUGACAUCUGGAACAGCAACGCCGAUUCUAUGCGAACUGACCAGGAUCUCAACAACUCUGGAUCAAGUACUUUGGUAAGCUGGGGUACUGUACAGCGCGCGAUUGACAACUACCGCCAGUGGAUUGUCGCCGGUCUACAGUUCUUUGACGAGUUGAAUAUCUACCCAGAUAUGGAUAACUUGGUCGUGGGUAACCCGGAGAGCAUCUCCGGACUUAGCGAUGGGCAGCGUACUACUGUCAUGACUCACUGGAUUGGAGCUGGUGCCAACCUCAUCAUCGGCAAUGACAUGACCACGCUGGAUGAUCUUGGAACAAACCUUCUUACAAAUUCCCAAGCACUGCAAGUCGCUGCUUUUACGGCUCAGUACCCGAUGCAACCUCGCAAUCCCGGCUCAGGAGGCCAAGAUGCGACACAAUUCCAGGCUUGGAUUGCAGGCCCAUCUCCCUCUGGCGAAGCCGUCGUUAUUCUCGUGAAUCUCGGUCCCGAUAAUGGCCAAGGCGGAUUCGGAACGCAAACCAGAGGAGUUCAGACGGUAACCGCAACGUGGCAAGACUUGGGAAUCUCCGGGCAGUUCAACGUGCAGGAUAUCUGGAACAAUAAGAGCUUGGGUGUUAUUGGCGAUCAAGUCUCUGCGCAGCUCAAUGAGGGUGAUAGUGUGUUGUUACAUCUA